AUGGCGCACUUCUACUCUCCUACUUUCGAAGCUUACUCCUUCCUUCUUCGACACCGCAGUUCCCUCAUCAAUCCGCCUAACAAUUACUUCUCCCGCCGCCCGUCGCCCGCCGCCGCCUGCUGUAAUUGGAUUGAAGACGAAACUGUGAUCCUCGAUGCCGACGACGAUGUCCGGUACCAGAGAAGCCGUACGAGGUUCGACCGGAUUAGGGUUCUAGAGGAUGAAACCGCCGUCCUUGUGGCGGCGCCGCCGCCCAUUGGCUCGUACGGACAGGUUAGUUUUCGAGAAUUCGAGGAUACUGUUUUCUUUGAAGAAGACGGCGGCGAUUUUGGGUUGAGGAAAGAGACGAUUUUGAGACGCCUGAAAACGAGAAAUUGCGUGGGCGGAGAUGACGAGAAUAACUGCGCAGUCUGUCAGGAUAAUUUGCGCGGGAAGGAUUGUUGUGGUAUGGUGGGAGUGCUUCCUUGCAGACAUGAGUUUCACGUUGGGUGUAUUGUGGAAUGGCUGCAACGGAAGAACACUUGCCCGCUCUGCAACGCCACUGCCGUCAUCGUCGCCGGAGAAGAAGGGCACGGCCGGGGGCAGAAUAGUCUUUAUCAUUAG